AUGUUUAUGCUUUCCGUGCAGACCACUGGACUUGUAGGAUUGGCUGUGGCUGAAAACCCUCGUGAGCGCCUGCGAAUACUGUACACAAAAAUCCUUGGUGUGCUGCAGAACAUUCCCGAAGAUGCAGCGUAUAGGAAAUACACGGAGCAGAUUGUAAAUCAACGAUUUAAUUUGGUGCAAACAGAGAGUGAUGUGCAAAAACUACAGGACAAACUGAAUAGUGGUCACAUAGAAGAAGUCAUUCUACAGGCUGAAAAUGAGCUUUCCCUGGCAAGAAAAAUGAUACGGUGGAAACCUUGGGAGCCUCUAGUUGAAGAACCUCCUUCUGACCAGUGGAGAUGGCCAAUAUAAUGUUCAAAAUGGUGUAACCGCUUGAGAGUCAAAAAAAGUUAAUUAUUAAUCUAUUGUUACUGACAGU